CUAAUCCUCAAGCAUAUUAACCACGCCUCUGGCUGCUUUUCCUUGCACUAUGGGAUAAGUUACCGGUAGACGACCUUCUCAGCGCCCUAACCCCGCUCACCCCUUUCCACUCUCUCCUCCGCACUGAUACGGUAGAAACCCCGGAAGGUCUAAAAUAACUUAGCCCGAACCUCCCCUCGACGGCCUGCGCGGAGACUUGGAACCCGAGACUAUGGGAUAUGCGCAUCCCUGGAUGGACUGGGAUUCGCGCGGUUGAUGGUUCUGCUUGAGAGGAAGCAUGACGUCAUGGGAAGUUGGUGAUUUUUAAGUCCAUCUGGGUUUGGGCUGUUGUGUUGGUGUUCGGGCAGGCUAUGACUGCUUAGGGAUUGGUUGUUGGGGGGAGGGGGUUGUUGGGUUAGCCUCGGAAACAGCCUCUUGCAAACCUGCCGACAUACUGCUGGUUUAGGGAGAAGCUGUGCUCCGGGGUUGGGCUUGGGGGAUUGUCGGGGGCGGGUCGGGGCGGUUGUACUCGUAUGAUACGGUAUGAUACUCGUAGUGGGUUACGGGAGUGGGGCGGGUGGGGAGUAGCCUCGGGAGGACUACUCAUCAUACCCCGGAUUUUGUUCUCACGGAGGGAUAAUGGGUCUUGUGUUUGGCUUGAUAUCCGUCUCAGAGCCAUUACAGUAGUCUCGCCGAAUCCUGCCUAUAGCAUAGCCGGACUAAAGCCUGCAACGGACUUCGAACCUACCAGAAAUAAAGCUGUCCGCUGCCAGCACCUAGCUUCAACCUCCAGGCUCACCUAACUCAAUAGUAACGGCAGGCGUUAUGUCACUACCUAGUAUAAGUGUCGACGAACAUCUCUUAUGCCAACGAGGGCGAGCCGAAUCUUCCUGAACAAUCUCUUUUCUCACACGAAAAGACCCUGUUACAACCCCUCUUGUCAUUCCCGGAAACAGUUGAGCACGUAUUUUCUCACCACUGAGAUAAUCACUAGACAUCACUCGCUAUAGGCCGGCUGCGGCUGCCGGUCGGAUUGGAGAGACCGGCUGAAGAGGAACACAGGGUGCUUGGGACUGUGGUCCGAAUUGUGGUUUUUUUGUGAAGUUUGUUGUAAAACUGACGGAUGAAAUAUAUUCGCCGUCAACAAAGUCCUAAGGAAUAGCAGGCCGUUCAGGGUCUACAGACUAUGCGGUCAAAUGAAGGCGGAGGGUAUCAAGCUGUAGGCCUUUGAUCACCCACUCGCUAAGGGAUUAGAUGACAUACAGCACGAUACAACUUCCUAUAAAACCCCGUCCUCACCGCCCAACUUCACUUCGCCUUCCGAUAUCACACACUACCUUCUUUAUCACCAUCACAACCGCUCAUUACAACUUCACUCAUUACAACUUCAUUCGUUUCAAGAUGCACGCUUCAACUCUCUUUCUUCUCGCCAUGAGCGCUCUCACUGCAAGCGCAGCCCCCUCUCCAGCUCCGGUAUACGACCACCACGUCGACGGCUACGCCCAGCACCACGAGAAGGAGCCACAGCGCUACAACUUCAUCCCGGGAUACUACGAUGAGAAGCGCUAUCACCGCACUCCCAAGAACCCCCCAUACGGAAAGGACUAUGUGUACGGCGGCGAAGGUUACGGCGGCGAAGGUUACGGCAAAGGCAAAGAUGGUUACGGCAAGGGCAAAGAUGGUUACGACAAGGGCAAAGAUGGGGACGAGUUCAAGAAGCACGAGAGCGAGGAGCACAAACGUAAGGACGACAAGUAUUCCAAGAAGUGUGAAGAGAAGGAGGACGAGGUUUACAAGAAAGAAAAGGAGAAGGAGAAGGAGGAGGAGUGCAAGAACUUUGAGGAGUGUGCUGAGUCUAAGGAUGAAAAGAUCCAUGAUGAGGAAUGCUGCUUUGAGGAGGGAUACGGAUUCGAUAAGGGGGUAAAGUAUGACAAAUGUUACGGCUACUACCGUGACAUGAACAAGAAGUACCACGAGGACGAGCACAAGAAGGAUAAACAGGCCGCCAAAAAGGACUACUACCGUUGCGAGGAGGAGGAUGAAUAUAAGAAGUGCGAGGACAAAGAGAAAUCCGACAAGUGCGAGGAGUGCGAGGAAUGCGACGACAAGUCCUGCAAGGAUGUGAUCACGGCAGUGGGAAGGGCUAUUCUUCCAAGCACCACCGCUAAAGCACAGACUUAGAGUGCUCUGCUAUGCUGUUUACAGCGCAAGCAUAUAUGCUAGGGGUUUCGGGUAUUAUGAUGGAAUUGAUGGCCUGGGGGUGCAUGAAUUUUUAUAGAUGGGGUCGAACUGUCCAUUAGAAUUUAAAAAGUUUGGAAUUUAGAA